AUGACACACAAGAAACACGCCAGCCGAGAUCGUGAUGUUGAGCACCGGCCUGCAGAGGAGACGCCUUUGUUGGCGCACGACCUCCCUGCGACGGUUGCUCCUAGUCGCGCGUACCAGAUCAAGGUCGUUGUCUUGGCUAUGACAUUCAUCGUCAUUAUCGAAAUCGGCGCCUACUUGCAGAUUCCGCCGACGUACCAGAUCAUGGAGGAAAUCAUCUGCCGAAAACACUACCCAGACCACAUCGUAACGGACGCCGCAGAUGAUAUCUGCAAGGGUCCAGGGGUCGCGGGCGAGUUGGCGAUGGUAAAAGGGUGGAUGAAUUCGUUUGACUGCAUACCUCCUCUAAUCACAUCGAUUCCCUACGGCAUCAUCGCCGACAAGUACGGCCGCCGACCGGUCUUGUCCCUGGCAAUGUUUGGCCUCAGUUUGGAGUUUCUUUGGAUGCUGCAGCCACUUCUCUGGCCGGACGUCCUCCCUCUCUGGACAGUGUGGUUCGGUGCCAUGUUCCAGUUCAUCGGCGGAGGUGCCGCCAUGGUCCAAGCAAUGGUCUGGACUAUGAUUUCCGACGUGGUACCCGUCUCCAACCUGACGGCGGUCUAUUACAAAGUUGGUGCCGUAGCCCUUUCGGGAGAACUCAUCGUCGCUCCCAUGAGCGCCGCCCUGAUGACCAAGAGCCCCUGGCUACCACUCGGUCUCGGCAUGGGCUUGCUCCUCCUCGGAACGUGUCUGCCCCCUUUCAUCCCGGAGACCUCCGAGUUGCGGAAGUUGGCUGAUGUAGAGGUCGAGCAAACGCUUCACCGGGCGGAAGGCGCUCAGGGCCCCAAGCGCACUCUCCGGGAGCAGAUCAUGUUCACGAUGAAGAACGACAUGAGUCAUGUGUACAACUUCCUCAUCAGGUCCAAGAGGGUCAUUGCGCUCGUACUGGGGUUUAACUUGACGGUGAUUGUCAAGUACGUCAAGAUGGAGAUCUUGUCGCAAUACGUCCACAAUCUCUUCGGAUGGUCAUGGGCAAAGGCGACGAUGCUCGCUCCCGUCUCGACCAUCACAAACAUGGUGAUGCUCCUGGGCGUGCUGCCGGCGCUGAGCUGGUACAUCACCAAACGGACGGGCAUGCACCCGCUGAUCCGCGACCUGUGGCUGGUGCGGAUGACGGGCAUCUUCUUGUCUCUCGGCUGCUUCAUGGUCGCCGUCGCUUACAAGCCCUGGUUCCUCAUCUCGGCUCUCGUCAUCUUCUCCAUGGGCACGACGUACACCAACAUCUGCCGCGCCGUGCUCAACGCCGUGGUCGAGCCGCAUACGAUCGGGACUCUGAACACUACCAUCUCGUGGGUGGAGCAGCUCAGCACGCUGGUGGCCGCGCCAGUGAUAUCGGCCUUGCUGAGGGCGGGUGCCUCCGCGGGGUGGCCCUGGAUUGGGUUGCCGUAUAUGGCGGCGACGGUGAUGGCCGUUGCGGGCCGUCGACGCCGCGACAAGCACCCCAAGGGCCGGCCCAACUCGAAUCGGCCGCGCAACAAGAUGGGCAACGAAGAAUCCACCAUGCUGGACGACAGCGUCCAUCCCAAGACCCUCAAGGCCAGGGACCUCCAGUCCCUCGCCGACCACAUCAAGUCCGGAGACGUCAAGCGCAUCGCCGUUAUGACCGGCGCUGGCAUCUCUACGGCUGCAGGCAUCCCCGACUUCAGAUCCCCCGGCACCGGCCUCUAUGCCAACCUCGCCCGCCUCAACCUCCCCUACGCCGAGGCCGUCUUCGACAUCAGCUACUUCCGCAAGCACCCAGAGCCCUUCUAUUACCUCGCCAAAGAGCUCUACCCCGGCAAAUUCUUCCCGACCGUCUCCCACGUCUUCAUCGCCCUGCUCGCCAAGAAGGGCCUGCUGCAGAUGAACUUCACCCAGAACAUCGACUGCCUCGAGCGCCGCGCCGGCGUACCGGACGACAAGAUCAUCGAGGCUCACGGCAGCUUCGCCACUCAGCGUUGCAUCGAGUGCUCCACGCCGUUCCCCGACGACAAGAUGCUCGAGCAUGUCCAGGCCGAGAUCGUUCCCAAUUGCGGGACGUGCGGAGGACUCGUCAAGCCCGAUAUCGUCUUCUUCGGCGAGGCCCUGCCCGAGGGGUUCCGCAACAAUACACACCUCCCAGCCAUGGCGGACCUCAUCAUCGUCAUGGGCACGAGUCUCUCGGUCUACCCCUUUGCUGGCCUGGCUGAGGCCUCAAGGUCUGGCGUGCCAAGGUUGCUGUUGAACAGGGAGCGCGUUGGUCAGAUGGGUCGCCGAACCGAUGACGUCGUUGAGUUGGGGGCGUGCGAUGCCGGUGUCCGCAAGCUUGCCUCUUUGCUUGGCUGGCGCGAUGAGCUCGAGGAUCUUUGGCGCAGCAUCGUCGGCGCUAAGGAGGCUGAGAGGCAGCUUGCUUCUGCUGCCGCCGAUGGCGAUGAGGAUCUCGAGGAAGAGAUCCGCAAGGUUACUGAAGGUGUCGACACCGCUCUCAGGCUCGAUGAUGACAAGAAGCACGAGUCCGUUGGCUCUCCUGCGCAACAAGACGACAGCAGCGACACCGAAGACGUCCAACCGUCCAUUCCCAAGGCUGCCGCUCCCCCGGUGACCAAGGACCUGGAGGCCGAGGUUGGCACCGACAUCAAGGAGGACCGCGGUCGUGAAGGUCACAUCAUUGACGGGUCCGAGGGCGCACCCAAGGAUGCCACCGACUUCCGUGCCCAGGCCAAGAAGAAGAUUCAGCUUGCCGCGCAGGGCAUGGCUACUCCCCUCGACGAGGUUGCUGUUAUCUUUGACCCCAACGCGCCUGUGGCAGAGAAGAAGAACGAGACCUCCGCCAGCCCAGAUGCCCUCGUCUCCGGCCCGGCACGGUACGAGCCCGCUACAGAAGCGGAGCCUACUCCUUCGGCGACCGGCCCCACUUCAACACCAUCUUCCAAGGAGACGCAGGACGCCUCGACAACAGACAAGACGGAAGCAGCGCCGCAGGACGCCUCGACAACAGACAAGACGGAAGCAGCGCCGCAGAAGGAGACGGAAGAGAAGAAGUCUCCGGAUGAUUCGAAGCUAUGA